GAAAAAGUCCUCAAAGUACAACAUCAACCAAUAUUCAGAGUACUACUCCCAAGUCCUAUCAAACAAUGGCUGCUUUUCAAUGUAGUUUGGUUCUAUCUGUGUUCAUGGUGCUUUCACUUUCCAGCAUCCAGAUGAGCUUGGCAGCUCGCAACCUUCUCCAAACAGUGCCUGCAAUUCCAUCACUGCCAAAGGUCACAUUGCCUCCAUUGCCCACAAUGCCCACAUUGCCAACAAUGCCGACAAUCCCAACCUUGCCAACAAUGCCCACAUUGCCACCACUGCCAAGCACCCAAAUUCCAUCAUCUUUGCCAAACCCAACAUUGCCAACCAUGCCCACUGUUCCUCCACUGACUCUGCCGCCCCUGCCUGCAACUUCACUGCCCACCAUCCCAACUACAAUUCCUUCAAUUCCAACCAUCCCAACAACAAUGCCUACUGUUCCUGUCUUCUCACCUCCUCCAUCAAACUAGAUCCCCCCAAAGUACUACCAUUUUAUUCAUCUUUCUACUACGUGUGGUAUAGUAUAGAAUAAAGGUGCUAUUAUGUUAUUUGGCAGUUUGAGAGGGUCUUCCUCAUGUGUGUGUGUUGUCUUUAUUUUUGGGGAUUUGUGAUAGUCAUUUUGUAUCAUUUUGCUAUGAGCAUUCUGUAUUGUUGUUUGUCAUGAAAUUCGGUGAGUUCUUUUGCCUUGUUUUAUUGAAGUUAUCUCUUUAGUGU